AUGAACCGGGACAAAUGGGUGCAUCAGUCCCGAUUCAAGCGGCUAGGGCACCGGCUGGAGGCCGUGUGGUCUGAGAUGCUACGCGAGAUCCUGCUCUCGGAGGAUGCCACCUCGGUGUGCAUGCUGGUGUACGACUCGCACCUGCCGUCGUGGCAGGUGGCCCGUGCGGCUGGCGUGUACGCCGCGGUGUUUUUCACACAGCCGCGCGCGGUGAACAUCGUCUAUGGGGAGGUGUGGGCGGGGCGGCUGGCGCUGCCGGUGAUGGACGGGCGUGAGCUGCUGGCGCAUGGAGCGCUUGGCUUGGAGCUGGGGCCAGAAGACGUGCCGCCUUUCAUGGAAGCACCGGAGUCCCUGGCAGUGUUCCUUAGCACGUCGAUUGAGCAGUUCGACGGACUAGAGGACGCCGACGAUGUGCUCGUCAACUCUUUCAGCGGCAUCGAGCCGAAGUUCGAGGUUUUCCAGACCAUGGAAGAAUACAACUUGAAGGAUUUUAAAUAUGACAAGAAACAACUAUUGAAAAAUUGA